CUUGCCCUGAAAAGUCAGCGCGGUCCUUUGUCUAGUUCUAUCUCUCUCUUUCUCUCUUCCAUGUCCAAACGGGAGUAGCGGGAGCAGCAGCGACGGCAAGAGUAGGGACAAGCACAGAGCUUUUGGGAGUAGCAAUCAUCGCUGUACGCUGGGACUGAGAUUAGCAGUGCAAGUUUCAAGGCAGAGAAGACCUCCUUAAAUUUCUCGACAUGGGAGACGAUUGGGAUCUACAGGCGGUGGUGAGAGGAUGCUACACCACCACCGCCACCACCAGUGCCACAAUCUGCAUGGAAGAGCCCUCUUACUCUUCUUCUUGCUUGCCUCCACCUCCUCCUCCUCCUCCUCUGGGUCUAUACCAACAUGACCAUAAUCUCCUCUGUUUCCCCAAUCUUGAAACCCGAACAUCUCUUGAGGAAUUAGAGGCACUCUACAAGCCUUUCUUCCCCAAAUUUGAACCUCUCUCCCCAGGUAGCAUCUCUACUUCCCUUUUCGCCCAUGGAGGAUUCAAAGACCGCCAUCAGCAGCAGCAACAACAACAACAACAACAACAACAACAACAACAACAGAAACCACUGCAGCAACAAAAGCAGUCUCCGCAGUGUCUAACAGUACCUACCGCUGCUGCCGCUGCGACUACAACCACUAGUCAUUCUCAGACCCCUCGAUCGAAAAGAAGGAAGAAUCAGCAGAAGAAGGUGGUGCGUCAGGUACCGGCAGAGGGUGUAUCUCCGGAUGUGUGGGCAUGGCGUAAAUAUGGCCAGAAACCCAUCAAAGGGUCACCUUAUCCUAGGGGUUACUAUAGAUGUAGCAGCUCAAAAGGGUGUUUAGCGAGGAAACAAGUCGAACGGAGCCGCUCAGAUCCAGGAAUAAUGAUCAUCACCUACACGAACGAGCACAACCACCCAGUCCCUACCCACCGGAACUCGCUCGCCGGCAGUACUCGCCAUAAGUUCCCAACACCUCAGCGAUCCACUGGUGACGAACCCGGAACACCUACCAACAAACCUUCGUGUUCUUCCCCUGCAUCGACGACCACUGGCCUCUCUCCGACAACCCCUUCAACUGUAACCAUGGAAGACGAGCUUCUGCAACAGUCCAAGCAAGAGAGCAGGGAAGACGAAGAGGAAGAAAUGAUUGAGGACAACGAAGAAGACAGCGAUCUCUUUAUUCCCGAUAUGGUUAUGGGAGACGACUUCUUUGCAGGUCUUGAUGAACUCUCCGGAGGAACAACCAGUGGCGACACCUUGGAUGAUUGCUUUUCUGAUCACCUUCCUUCAACUUUUCCACCUUCUUGGCUCGCUCAUAACGCCGCCACCGCCGCUGGUGGCAGCUGAAACGCCGGAAUAGUCGCGCACCGACAUUGGAUACUGAAAAAACUUUCCUUAUUUGUUCUUUUUGUCCAUCAAAUCGAGAGAGAACGCAGGGAGAGAAUCUCUAUUCUCGUCCUUCCCUGCCCAGAUUCCCAAACAUGUUUUAUAAAACACCCACCAUUACCAAGAGCCAAGAGGCAAGAACAAAGAGCAUAGAAGAGUGAUCCAAAGCUCGUUAAGAUGAAGUAGCAGUUUAGAUUCACUGUAAAAUGUAAAAUCACACCAAGGUCAACGAAGAUACUUCCAUAGAUCA